AUGGCUGCACCCAAUACCCAGACCCAAGCACCCAAUACCCAGAACCAAGCACCCAAUACCCAGAACCAAGCACCCAAUACCCAGACCCAGGCACCCAAUACCCAGACCCAGGCACCCAAUACCCAGACCCAGGCACCCAAUACCCAGACCCAGGCACCCAAUACCCAGAACCAAGCUCCCAAUACCCAGACCCAAGAACCCAAUACCCAGAACCAAGCACCCAAUACCCAGACCCAAGCACCCAAUACCCAGACCCAAGCACCCAAUACCCAGACCCAGGCACCCAAUACCCAGACCCAGGCACCCAAUGCCCAGAACCAAGCACCCAAUACCCAGACCAAAACACCCAAUACCCAGACCCAAGCACCCAAAACCCAGACCCAGGCACCCAAUACCCAGAACCAAGCACCCAAUACCCAGACCCAAGCACCCAAUACCCAGACCCAAGCACCCAAUACCCAGAACCAAGCACCCAAUACCCAGAACCAAGCACCCAAUACCCAGAACCAAGUACCCAAUACCCAGACCCAAGCACCCAAUACUCAGACCCAAGCACCCAAUACUCAGACCCAAGCACCCAAUACCCAGACCCAAGCACCCAAUACCCAGACCCAAGCACCCAAUAUCCAGACCCAAGCACCCAAUACCCAGACCCAAGCACCCAAUACCCUGACCCAAGCACCCAACACCCUGACCCAAGCACCCAAUACCCUGACACAAGUACCCAAUACCCUGACACAAGUACCCAAUACCCUGACACAAGUACCCAAUACCCAGACCCAAGCACCCAAUACCCUGACACAAAUCUAA